AUGGAUGCUGCACAUCCCGACAUGGAGGAAGAGGCCGACAAUAGGGCGCACGUUCCCUAUCUGGAGGCCAACACGUUAGAUGACUUUCGUCGAGAGAGGCCAGAUCCCUGUCUUUAUGCCACACACCUUCCCCCUGACAUGUUGCCUACUGGAUUGAAGGCCAAAAGAGUCAAGGUUGUGUAUGUGAUGAGGAACCCCAAAGAUGUCCUGGUGUCCCUCUAUCACUUUUCUCACAGUUGGAAGAUGUUGGAAACACCAAAGAGCUUUGAGGCUUUCUUUCAGGACUUCAUUGAUGGCAAAGUCUAUAUGGGACUGUGGUUUGAUCAUGUGAGAGAAUAUCAGAAUGAAAAAGACAAGAUGGACGUACAUUAUGUCAAGUAUGAAGACAUGUUCAAGGACCUCAGAGGGGAAGUUGUGAAGCUUUGUGAUUUUCUGGGAAAAGGUUUGACUGAUGAAGCCAUCGAUCAUGUUGUGGAGAUGUCCACGUUCAAAAACAUGAAGACAAACCCCAAAGCGAACUACAAGGACUUGGUUGAAAAACAACGCUACAGCAGCCCAACCAUGCGCAAAGGUGCGGCAGGCGACUGGAAGAACUUCUUCACAGUGGCUCAGAAUGAGUAUUUUGACCGAGUGUUCGAAGAGAAGAUGAGCGACCUUCCUCUGAGCUUCACCUGGGAGAUCAAACAGUAGCUCCAUUAUCAUUCAAAAAUGGCUCUUACAUGGGGGUUUAAAAGAAAAAAGGUCCGGUGUUAUUCUAUAUUCUGUUGCCAACAAUAUGUUUAUCUUUUCCGCAGUUACGUAAUCAUCAAAC